CCCGGUCGGCUUCACAGGCUGCUAUAUUUGGCCGAAAGUAGGGCUGAAACGGGGCGGCAGGGCGGUCCCAUGCACAGUGGUCGUGCCAACAGUACAGUACGGCGAGUCAGUGUCGCGCGACCCUGCGGUAGCGAUAGAUGGCGCGGGAUGGCAUGGCGUCAAAAAAUAAAUAGCGUUCAUAACGCGAGUGGAUUGCGGCGAGGUGCAAUUGCACCUUGCAAUUUGAUUGCUCCGUGACAAAUGUGAGGCACCUCUCCAUGUCGAGCCACACGCCGCUGCUAAUCACAAUAAUGGUUUUUGCAUUCUUCGCUUUGUUCUUACUUGGUAUUUUAAUUACCAAGCCUGUACCAUGCAUCACGGAGACACAGUGCGCGGACGGCAAGGCGUGCCCAGCGCCGUGGGUGUGCUGCGACUCGGGCUGCUGCGCGCCCGUCAGCUCCCCAUCGCGUCACGACCUUGACGACCCGCUCAAGGAACAUGGAUUCUCUUACCCUUGGUAUGCUCAAUGGCCUGUUCUAUUCCUGCUCGGGACGUUGGGCGGGAUCCUGAUCUGCUGCGUGUGGUGCCUAUUCUGCAAGCGGCCCAGCUCGCACGGCAUCUACAUGUGCUCGUUCGCGUGCUGCGUCCGCCGGCCCAACUCGAACCACGACUCCGCCGGCUCCAUCUACCCGCCGCCGCGCUACAGCCGCUGCGGCUCCUUCCACCAGGCUCCACCACCGUAUUCUGAAGUCACGUCGAAGCCGGACCUGUAUCCUCUCGUCAUUACUUGUGGUGGAGAAGGCGACGGCAAAACCGGUGGUAGCUACCUCAUGGUACAUUAUUUCAGAAACUAUGUAAUUCGAGCACCUGGUUCUCUAUCAGCGGCGAGUACUGCCGAAUCUCUCAACUCCAGUUUCAUAUGCAACGCGACAAAUGAGGCAAAUUCAAUCAUCCCGCCACCGUAUUCGUGCGCGAGCAACUACGAGGAGUGCGGCGCGGUGGGCUGCGGGCGGUCGCUGCUGCGCUCGCUGUCGUCGCUGCCGGAGCCGCGGGCCGCGCCCCCCGCCGCCGCCGCCGCCGCCGCGCCCCGCGCACGCACCGCGCCCGACAUCGCCCCCGCGCCCCCCGCGCACCCCGCGCACCGGCCCCGGGAACCAGCGGCCGCCUUCCGGGAGAACCUCAUCACGUCGCCUGUACAACCUCUGGAUCCUUCCUUCGACUUGGAGUUAGAACUGAUCGAUUGUGAAAUGUACUGCGAUGGUGGUUGCAAGCCGCGGCUCGGUGCCUCACCGCCAGUGCACCGAUCGCCUUCCAACGUGGAUGACGAGGCCAUCUAUGACCACGAAGCGUACGGGUUACGGCAUCUCUUCGCCUGCCCCUCGCCAGAAGGAGCCGGUGCCUGCGAGUCGCCUCCGCAACCAACCAGCCCCACUCAAACGUCCAGGGACUCUACGCUUCGAAGACCAAGUGACGAGAGGCGGCACCGGCGUCUAGAUAAUGCAAAGAAAGCACCCAGAGCAAGAAAAUCGAGCUUAUAUAUGCCCCUGUCCACGGCACAUCCCGUGAGAAGUUCCCGGAUAUCACCCGGCGCUCGCACAUCGUCCCGCUCUGCGCCAGCCACUCCUUGCAGUAACCUGGUCCCUAAUCUUCUCAAUUUCACACAAAGGGUCUCGGCGUCAAGACACGGCUCAAGGUCUUCAAGGUUCGAGGAGGAAAGCAAUCCUCUGUUAUCGGAAAUUGAACAUCCCCGUACUGACCACAAGUUUUAAAUAUAAAACAAGCCUAUUUGUUGAUUACUUUUCUCUCUCUCUCUCACUCUUUCAGAUACCAAUAAAUGGUUACAGUAUAUUGAUGUAAUAGAAUAGAUCGAUGUUUAUUGAUGUGAAACUCGAAUUAACCGAUUUAUCGGCCUAAUCUGUAAACCCCUGCCAUUUACAGCCUUUAUGGUGAUGGAAUCUAUAUGUUGUGACUGUUAACCUGUGCUCAUUAUAACGUAGAGCGAACACUACAUAAAUAAGUAGGUAGUUUAAAUGUUAAACAAAUAUUUUAUUGCAUAUAACUGUAAGGUACGAGCUUGUUGGACCAUUGUUCACUUGCCUUCUAUUAAGAAAUGAAUAAUUCUCAAAAU